CUCUCUGCCACUGCCUGCUCAGGCUGACGGAAAGAAGGAGGGUGAACUUUAAUUCUCGAGGCAGCAGACCUAUAUUACGGCAGGGAUUGACUGAGCGGUGCUGUCUCCAUGUGGAUUGCUACCAGAGGGAGGGAGAGAGAAGUUGCAUAUGAGAGCGCCUGCAGUUGUUUGGUUGAAACUUUAGCUUCAUGUCAGGCGUCUUUAGCCUGUGUGAAUGAUAGCGAGCAGUGCGGAAUCGGUUCCUCUUUGAUGCUGCGUCCUAAUUAUCCACUUUCCUUAUAAAGCACUUUCUGUUCGGUAAAUGGCGACGUGAGCCUACUUUUUUUUCUGAGUGUGAUUCAAGGUAUUGCCUAUGAGCGCGAGUCGCAGCUUGUGUGAAAUUGAUCAUCAUCAUUACCAGCAGUAGCAGAAGAAGAAGACCUUCUAAGGAACUUUUAAGGAGGCAGCGGGCAACGUCGGAUUAUUGUUGCGCAGAGGAGUGUGUUUGUGUGUGUUUUCUUUCUUUUUUUCCUGUUAAGUUUUAUUUAACCAGAGGAAGUCAUGACUUCGGUAUGGAAAAGACUGCAGCGAGUUGGCAAAAAGGCUUCAAAGUUUCAGUUUGUUGCCUCUUACCAGGAACUCGUUUUGGAGUGUACCAAGAAAUGGCAACCGGACAAGUUAAGGGUGGUGUGGACCAGGAGGAACAGACGCAUGUGCUCCAAGCUCCACAGUUGGCAGCCUGGAAUCAAGAACCCCUACAGGGGCAUGGUGGUGUGGCCUGUCCCAGAGAACAUUGACAUCUCUGUUACACUCUUCAAGGAGGUCAAUGCUGAUGAGUUUGAGGACAAAGAGUGGACCUUUGUCAUUGAGGGUGAAAACAAGGGGCAUCGUAAGGUGCUGGCAUCAGCAGACAUCAACCUGAAGCGGUUUGCCAGUCCGACGCCAACCCAGACGGACCUGACACUGAAGCUGAAGCCACUGUCUGUCAAAGUGGUGGAUGCCACGCUCAAGCUGUCGCUGUCAUGCGUCUUUGUUCGUGAGGGAAAAGCCACUGAUGAAGACAUGCAGAGUCUGGCCAGCCUGAUGAGUUUCAAACCCACAGAUAUCGGCAACCUGGAUGACUUCAAUGAGAGCGAUGAAGAGGAGGACAAGAAGUCUGUCACUGCUACAGUUCCACACAUUCUAACUCGCCCAAAUCGUCCUGCUCCCCCUCCACCUGACAAACGAAACCCCACUGGACCCGCUGCUACAGCCUCAGUCUGUGGAGGUGAUGGCGGUCCUCCCAGUCCUGCCGUCCACUCCCGCCCUCCUCUACCUAUUGGUCCUCGCCCCUCGCCCCGUUGCUGCCGACACCCCUUUACCACCACCCCUGAGAUACAGCCUUCACCCGGCCCCUCCCCUCAGCCCUCACCCAGAUCCAAGCAUAAAAAAUUUGCCAACCUUCUUCUUCCUGAGGCUCCUGCUUCUUCUGACAAACUACCUAAUCCUCCAAGCUCCCAGGUCACAGCAGCUACUCUCUCGAUCCAGAGUGCCUCCUCUGCCCUGCCUCUCUCUGACGUUUCUCCUGCAAAUCCUCCAGCCGACACAAGUUCCAAGUUGCCCAUAAUCACACCUUACUACCAAAACACUUCCUCUUACCUUCAUCCUCCAUCUGCCAAAUGCUCUGAAUCGGUGUCUACUUCAGUGGAUCUUUCUGUUCCCCUGAAUUCCUUCCCAAAAAACCCCUCUAAACUGUCCUUUAAGCCGCCCAGUGCCUCUGAAGCAGGUAUUACCUCAUUAACUCCCAAACUUCCCUCCACUGCAGUGUCAUCACCCAAGAAUAUCAUAACAUCAUCCACCACUUCUUCCCAAAAGUCUUCUCUCACUGUAUCCACUACUCUGACCAAUAAAACCAUCUCCACUGCUGCCCAGCCUCUCCCACCCAAAUCCAUCUCACCCCCAAAGCCCACCCUGCCCUUCGAGCCUCCAUCUGCUCACCCUCCACUCACCCGGACAGUUUCUCGGCCUCCCUCCCUGCCAAAAAUCUUCCAGUCAGGCUCAGGAAAAGUUCCUGUUUCACAUCAACAGCGCCCCCCGGAGGUUCAAGCGGCAGAUGAUCCAAGUUCAGCCUCUGGCCGUACUCACAUUUUCAGACCUCAGAUUGUCAAGUCAAUCGCCCGCCCCUCCUCUCCCUCUCCUUAUUCUGCUGAUGCCCCUCCUCUUGAUUCAACACCUCCUCUUCCUAAAUGUCACCCCUCUAUCUCACAGUCAGGUGCUAAGGGGGCGAGGUUGACAUCUAACUCCACUCCAACUGGUGGCGACAUCACCACUGUCCCUCUGCUGAGUAGCCCUGACCUUGAUGCCCUCUGUGACCCAGCAGCUCCAGCCCCGACUGCCUCCCUUCCACGCCCCUCUUCUCUUUCCACCUCUGUUGUAUUCUCUUCCCCUCACCCUCAGCUUGCUGUCUCUCCUUCUGCUCCUCCCGCUCAGAUCAGCUUCGGCUCAACGUUCCCCCUCACUCAAGUAGACAAGGGAACAACUCCAAGCCCUCUGCACCGAGACGAGACUUCUCUUCAAAAUAACCGGGCGGCGGGCAACAUCAGAGCAUCCAACCAGCCAAACACACCAGCUGAGGAUUCAAAGACGACCACCACAGAAAACAAAGCUGAACCAGCCAGGAUCAGUCUGGGCCAACCCUCUCUCUUAAAGGAAGGUUCAUUGUCAAACAUUGUUGUCCCAGAAAAGAAAAUAUCUGCCACAUGUACUCCAACUGGCAUCCGUUCAAGCCCAACUGUUCAGCCCUCUUCUCAGGAUAAACCAAUCACAUUAGAGGUCUUGACCCCGGUGCCACCUCCACAGAGGCUGUCUGAUGCAGAGGUUCCUCUAUGGAAAGCACUAGAAGGGAGAAGUGGGCAAGAUACACCUGAAAAAACCUCUGCCAAGGAGGGUACAAAACCUUUGUGCAGAGGUUCACACAGAGAAGACGCUGUCAAGAUAGACACUCCUGUUAGGCAGGAACACCAGCCAAUCACAGCAAAAGACUCACAAACACAUCACAUAGUCCCACCUCCUGCUCAGCCCGGCGCACCACCAGUUAAAGAGGAGCCCAAAGAGCCAGAGGGACCCAGUGUGGAACCGGCAACCUCACCCAAGGUUUCCCCCAAACCCGCCUGUGAGCGCACGGCUUUGGAACUGGAGCCGCUGCUGCCCUCAAAACCAGAACCAGAACUGCGGCCGGAACAAGUUCUCCAGCUAUCAGGGAAACCACAACAGGAGGGAGCAGAUGAGGAGAAACCGGUCGACGUCAUGGCUGGUGGUCAGGAGAGUUUGACCGACAAUAAGGAGCCAGUGUGCGAGGCAGAAAAGCAGCUGUGGGCGACUGUGGAGGAGACAACGGAGGGAGGGAUGGAAAGUAGUGAGAGCACUGAAGAGAAGGAGGAGAAGCAGGAGGAGGGUGAUGUAAGAGGGGGUGCCCACAAAUGUGUACACACAGAGGCAGAUGUUUGUGUUGCAGAGCAGCAGGUGGAGGCGCCCGCUGGUUUCAUGUCAGCAGUAGUCGGGGUGUUGUAUAGAGGGCUUAAAGGCCAACCAGCUGACCUCCCUGAUGGUGGAGGGAAGAAACCAUCAUUACAGCUUGAAGGCACCCCCAGCCCAAACACCAAUGAUAAACACACUGACAUACACAUUGCUUCUCCCCACCACUGUGAGAUGAAGACAUCUCGACUUCCUACAUUACCAGAAGAAGAAACUUCUGACUUUAAGUCCCCUGAUCCCAUUCCAGCGGUCAGAGAAGAGGCUGAUGGGAAGGAUGAUGCAGCUGAGGACCUGGUGAACUCCAGCCAGUCGUUGCUCCAGUGGUGUCAGGACAUCACCAAAGGGUACCAGGGAGUGAAGGUCACCAACUUCAGCACAUCCUGGAGAAAUGGCCUGGCGUUCUGUGCCAUCCUACAUCACUUCCACCCAGACAAAAUAGAUUUUGACAAGCUGGACUCGCAUGACAUCAAGCUUAACAACAAGAAGGCAUAUGACGGUUUCGAAGCGCUGGGAAUCUCUCGUCUGUUGGAGCCGUCCGACAUGGUUCUUCUAUCUGUCCCCGACAGGCUCAUAGUCAUGACCUACCUCAGCCAGAUCCGCUCACACUUCACCAACCAGGAGCUGAGCGUGCUGCAGAUAGAGCACAACAGCAGCCAGUCCAGCUAUGGCCUCGCCCUCUCUGGUCCCGGUCCUACUAAUGUUGACGCUGCCGCUUUCUGCAUGGCUAGACUUAACGAAGGGGUGACCCUAGAGGAAGGAGGAAGCAGCACGUUGGUCGUUCCGCCACCCAGGACCAAACGACUGGUUAAAGUGGACGAGUCAAUAACCCCAGUCCCACCCCCAAGAUCGAUUAACAAACCAGUCAAAUCUGGACUGGCUCAGGAUGAAGACACAAUGACUACAUCUGCAACAGAAAUCACUAAGAAUACAGAGUUGCAGAGUGCAGCCGAGACCCAGCCUCCCAAACAAGAGGACACAAUGUGUCUGCAGGACACCAGUCAGUAUGUGGUGAGUGAGCUGGCAGCGUUGGAGACGGAGCAGAAACACAUCGACAGCAGAGCCGCUGUGGUGGAGAGACGACUGCGAAGCCUCAUGGAAACAGGAAGUGACCGUGAUGAGGAGGAGAGAUUGAUCCAGGAGUGGUUCACUCUGGUGAACAAGAAGAACGCCCUAAUACGCAGACAGGACAACCUGGAACUACUGCAACAGGAGCAGGAUCUGGAGAGGCGAUUUGAGCUUCUGAACAGAGAACUUCGGGUCAUGAUGGCUAUAGAAGACUGGCAGAAGUCAUCCACUCAGCAGCAGAGGGAGCAGCUGCUCCUCCAGGAGCUGGUGUCUUUGGUCAACCAGCGGGACGAGAUCAUCAGAGACAUAGAUGCCAAGGAGAGAGGGGCGCUGGAGGAGGAUGAGCGUCUGGAGCGCGGGCUAGAGAUGAGGAGAAGAAAAUACAGCAACAAAGACAAGUGUGUCCUACAGUGAGAAGAGAGGACAUACACAAAACAUAUUAUUACUACUACUAAGCCUCUGAAGUCCAUAAAGAUGAUUGUUUUUUUUAAAUCUUGUUCAUAAUUUUUCACAAGAUAAAAACAGGAUUUUUGAUGCUCCGUAUUUUAAAGUGCCUUUAUUUUUACGGAGAACUGUUCAUACAAAUUCUGGGGAAACCUGAUGGGCUACAAACUCUGCCUUCUUUAUCCCUUUUAUUAUUCAGUCUGUCUUAAUGUAAUAGUAUUAUUUUGAUUCUCUUCACAUAUUUUUAUUUAUUUAAAUGAUGUAUCAGAUUGUUGUACAUCAUCUUGCACAUAUGAUGUUUUGUGUUUGUGUGUUUAUUCUUGAGUUUGUUCAGUAUUUCAUCACUGGCUUUUCCUCUUCUUUUUUAUACAAAGAAUAGGUCCCCCUUGUCAUGACAAGAGCUUGUCAAAAAAGAUUAUGGCCAAAUGUGCCAUGUCUUUUUAUGGGAAAUAGUUUACGGUAUUUGUCCGUCUGUUUUAGACAUUUGAAAAAUAUUUUGAUGUAACAUGCCAAGAAGUUACAUUAACAACAAAUGCGACAAGUCAUGAGCUGGACUCAGGGUACAUGUUUUCAAUUACAUGAUGACCCCCAACAUCACAUUUUGAUAAUCCCUAAAAGUAUUUCCACUUAAUGCAAUGUUAUAUUUGUUUCAUUUUUUAGAUAUUUGAUGUGGAACAUUUUGUUCAUAUUAAGGUUAUCAAACCUUGUGUGCACACAAAGGAUGCUCAAAGUGGUUUCAAGUAUAACAUCCAGCUGAAAGUUUUUUUUAAAAGUUAGACCCUGAAUGCCUUAAUGCCAUGUGUAUGGUUGUGAUCUUUUUCUUCACAGAACCGAACCUGUUAUGUAAUUUCUGCAUUCAUCUGACUACUAUAUGCUUUUUAAGGUGUGCAGAUAAAUUGGUACUCUGCUUCACAUCGCUACUGUAUACCUGUCACACACUGUAUACCUGAUGUUGCUGUCUAUAUUUAUGAGGUGAAGAUAUGAUGAAUGGUGAAUGAUAUUAAUAAAGAUAUUGAAGAAAAAUAAA